UUUGUUCUUUGAUUGCAGUCUUUCUAUUAAACACUGCAUUUUGAUGAACACCUUUAGUCCAACUUCCCCACUUCAGUUUCGAAAAUAUACAUCUAACUAGAGCUUUAUUUUUUUGAAAAACAUGAUUUCUUGCAAAAUAUUUUACAUUGUUUUAUACAUGGUUGUGGUGUACAUUUCAAAAAACUAUGGAAAAGAACUAAAUAUGAAAAAUAGAUAUACAGAUAUAGAAAUUAAAAAUGAAAACUCAAUAAAGGAAUGUAAUUAUGAUAUUUCUAAUGCUGUCCUAGAAGCAGAUGAGAAUCUUUGCGGUAACCACUCAACAAAAACUGAAUUUAUAAAUGGCUUGAAAGUCUGUACUUGCGAAGACGGAUAUGUUCCUGGAAUAAAUGAAGUAUGCACAGAAAUAUGCAAUGAAUCAAAAAUAUGCGAAAAUGGAGGAACGUGCCAUAAUGGAAUUUGCACAUGCCCUCCAAGAACGAGAGGAACAUUUUGCGAAAAAAUACACGUGACUUGCUGGAACUCCUAUUUGUAUGAAGAGUAUGCUAAAGUUAGAGGACUCUAUUGUUGCUGCAAAUCUGAUGCUCCUGCCAAGUGCAAGUAUGAUGUUAAAAAAUUAAACGCUUAUUGUGAAUGUCCAAAAAAAGGUGAAGUAUAUGAAGAUAAAAGUAAUACUUGCAAAGAAUGCAACUGUGGAAAGCCUGAAACGUGGACAAAAUGUGAUUUCUACGGCGGUGUGAAAACGUGCUUCUGCAAGGAAAACUAUGUAUAUAAUCCAAAAACACAGAUUUGCGAGUAUUGUAACUGUGGUGAACUAUCUAAAAAAUGCGAAUAUUCAUGGAAUGGGUUCGUCAGAUGUACUUGCUUGAAAGGAGCGAAACAAUACAAAAAUGAAUGCCACA